UCCACUCUUUAAGCGGCCAAAUCUCGGCGCAAAAAUGUACAAGGUACUCGUCUUGCUCGCUAUAUUCGCAGGCGUUGCAAAUUGCUAUGUUGCAAUUGAACGAAAGGAUGUGUCGGUCCUGGGCGGGAUAGGAAUUCCAGAAAUUCCAGAAACUCCAGAAUUCCCAGAUUUUCCAGAAUUCCCAGGCUUGCCUCCAAUUCGAAAUUGCGGAGGUGUCAGUACUCUUAUCGACUUCAAGAUAAGUGGCUGGGAUGGAGAUGAAUAUUUUAAUCCUGGACAGACUUAUAAUUGCGAGUUUACAUUUAUGCCAAGUAAAAGCGCUGCUGGACCUGUCCGUUACAAACAAGAAUAUUGCUUUAACGACGGUUCCUGCAAGGAAAUUUUUAAUUCCGAGUUACCAAAUUCGUCCCUUCAACCUGGAUUCACCACCACGCUCAAGUUUGGCUUCGUCCCGAACGACAUAUUAUCCGGACAAGCAAUAGAGAUCAAAACUUUGCUCGUGCACUCGACUAACCUCCUGGUUGAGAUUUGUGUGGCUUUGGAAAUUAAAAUUCGCUGACCUUUAUAAUAGCAGAGGGCGGAUAUGUAUUUCGUUGAAAAUCGCUGAAAUAUGCAUUCAAUAUUUUUAAAAACGGAAAAAUACGAAAUAUGUACAUAAAAAUAUGAAAUUUGUAUUUUGAAUUUAAUGCUCUGGAUUUUGUGUGGUCAUAUUUCUUUGAGAAAAAACUUUCGGUCCACAUAUCGUACAUAUAUUUACAAAAAAAUGUAAGUAUAUAUUUUUGAAAGACUAUGUAAAAGAUUUACGUAUUUCCAAGGUCCUGAAUUUUACUUAGUUACGUGUCUACAUAAGGUUAGCUCAUUUGAUGGUAAAUUUUGUGACCGAGAGCUUGGGACGAGUUUGGGAUUAUUUUUGGAAAAAAAUUCGUUGCCACGCGAAGUUAAGGCCGUUUUCAUGUAAAUUUAUAAAAUAUUUAUAAAAUUGACGCCUUUUCUAUGGCACCGAGCCAUGAAAGCGGUGUAAAUUAAUCGUGGUCACUACCGGCGAUGACAAUCUAAAUCAU